CUUGUCUUGUGACAUAUCUGUCACGUGAAGAUGGCAGACACCGUCACAGACGCUGCUGAUGGGCCACUGUUUAAGUCUAAACUCGGUCUUGUUCUCUCCUGCUUGGGAUGCGUUGUUGGAACUGGCAACAUUUGGCGAUACCCGCGCAUUGUAGCAAACAACAGUGGAGAUGAAGGUGGUUUGACGUUCUUGAUUCUCUGGUUUUGUGGUCUGUGGGUGUGGUCGGUUCCUAUUUUGCUCGUUGAGUAUGCAGUGGGCAGAUACACUCGAAAGAACGUCCUUCAAUCGUUUCGCAUUAUGGCUGGUCCGUAUGCUCAGUGGAUGGGAGGAUUUAUUGCAUUUGUUGUGCUCGGCAUUGCUGCAUAUUACAGUGUUGUUCUUGGAUGGUGUUUCUAUUACUUUGUUUAUCACUGUGCGUUUGCAUUGCCGACAACGUAUGGUGAGUCGUAUGAAGAAUGGGACAACUUACAGACCAGCAAUUAUCCUAUUCUUUGUCAUGGCAUCGCUGUCACAAUCGGCUUCUUAUCCAUCAUCAAGGGUGUGAAGACCAUCGAACUUGUCAACAAGAUCAUCGUUCCCACUCUACUUCUUAUUGUUGCCUUCUCUCUUGCCUGGUCGUUGAGUUUGACUUAUUCAUAUGAAGGAAUUUCUUACCUCUUCAGUCCAGACUGGGAUGUGUUCAAGACUCCUCAAGUGUGGGUUGAUGCUGUCACUCAAAAUGCAUGGGACACAGGUGCUGCUAGUGCAUUACUUCUCACGUAUGCUAUAUACAUGCGACGUCAUGAUGGCAUUGUCUCUAUGGGAACCAUCACUCCACUUGCCAAUAAUUUUGUCAGUUUGUGCUGCGGAAUCAUGAUUUUCUGCAAUGUCUUUUCGGUGUUGGAGUCGGAAGGACGUGACAAAAAAUACAUUGUGUCUGUUUUGAAAGACAAUGGACCAGCCAAUACAGGACUUACGUUCAUAUGGAUGCCACUGCUUUAUAACAGCAUUGGUGUUGGUCGAUUUCUUGCCAUUUUGUUUUUCUUGUCGUUGUCAUUUGCUGGUCUCAGUUCCCUCAUUGCAAUGUUUGAGUUGUUGGCCACUCUUCUACGUGACUUUAGAGUUCCACGUAUACCUGCUGCAAUUACUGUGGGUGUGGUUACCUUUUUGCUUGGUUUGCCAUCAGCAAUGCAUCUGGACAUUUUGGUCAAUCAGGAUUAUGUGUGGGGGUUUGCUCUUCUACCUUGUGGUUUCGCUUUUGUUGCCUUAGUGUGGCGCUACGGGGCUGACAAAUUUCGAAGCGUUGUCGUCAACGAUUAUGGUCUGUCUGACUGGACAUUGCCAUGGAUUUGGGGAAUUGUUAUUCGGUUCGUGACGCCCUUUGUUGGAGUUGGGAUCAUUGUGUGGUGGAUUGUUGAGAAUAUUAGGGAUGAUAGCUACCCUUUGUGGCAUAAGAUGUCAGCAGAAAGUUUGGUGAUGGUGUUGUGUCAGUGGCUAGUCGUGCUGUUCAUCACCAUCACAGCCAACGUGCUCUACCAACUGUUCAUCUAUCAUCGACCACUCACUCUGGAUGAUGCACAAAGCAACGAUGACUACGUCGAGCUGUCAUAUUCAAAGGUUUCGAGAGACAAAGCAGCAUCACCCGAUGAGACUGCUGCUCUUAUUGCAAGCUCAGUUCCUCAUGAUCUCGACUCACUGAUGCAGAGACAGACGAAGGAUGACUAUCUGUAGUUUGUGUAGACAGCAUGCAGUACUUGGGUUUCUAUAGGAGAUGCCGUGAGCACGAGAUGACGUUGUCUAUAUUUGGAAAUGCUGUUGAUGUGGUUGGUUGAUUGUGGGUGCUUUUGUUUGUUGAACUGCCAUGCAAUUUGGUUUUAGUUUUGCAAGAAUAUAGGUUUAUAUUUUGUAUAUGA